UAUCUCCCAACGAUGCAAUCCUUUCUUCUAUUUGUUCUUCGUCUCUCGAUAACUCUGAUUCUUUCAGGUUUUCAUAAAAUUGGAUAUGCCGUAGAAGGCGGGUUUUGUUCUGCACCACCAAUCUUGAGUUUUGAUUCCGGCUCUAGACCCCUGUAUUGGAAAGUCACUAACCCCACACUCUCUCCUUCUCGCCUCCAAGACUUGCCAGGUUUUACAAGGAGUGUGUAUAAAAGAGAUCAUGCUUUAGUUGCUCCUGAAAGCCAUGUGUUCAGCCCUUUAUCAGAUUGGACAAACACCCUCGCAGCAUAUUUAGUCACACCUGAAAUGGGAUCCCAUUUUGUUAUGUACUUGGCAAAUAUGCAAGAAAAUUCAACAUCUGGGCUUCCUCCUAUGGGCGUUGAAAGGUUCAUAUUUGUGGUCAAGGGCAAUGUAGUUUUGACUAUUGUGCCUGGAAGAAGACACUUGCUGAAGGUGGACUCUUAUGCAUAUUUGCCUCCUGGUCUGGAACACACUGUCAAGUCGGAUGUAUCCGUUACCCUUGUUGUACUGGAGAGAAGAUAUGCCAAGAUAGAAAACUAUGCAAGCAGAGAGAUUAUUGGUUCAACAGACCAGCAACCCCUACUUGAAACCCCCGGCGAGGUCUUUGAACUGAGAAAACUUCUUCCCACAUCUUUAGAUUAUGACUUCAAUGUUCAUAUAAUGGAUUUUCAACCAGGGGAAUUCCUGAAUGUAAAAGAGGUACAUUAUAAUCAGCAUGGAUUGUUGCUUUUGGAGGGGCAGGGUAUAUACCGAUUAGGUGAUAGCUG